AUGGACUCCAAAGGGACUCGAUUACCUUUAGUCAGACAGCUACGACUAUUCAAAGAUGACACAGGAAUUAUUCGAAGUGGCGGGAGAAUCCAUUAUGCAACACUCGAUAUGUUGACCAAAUUUCCCUAUCUACUUCCGGCUAAACACCCCUUCACACGGCUACUCAUUCAAGAUGCACAUGAGAGUCAACUACAUGCUGGGAUUAGUGCUACCAUCACCCACUUACGUCAGAAAUUCUGGAUACCAGCGAACCGUCAUGCUGUGCAUUGCGUAAUCCAGAAGUGUGUUACAUGCCGCAAGGUUACCGGGAAACAGUUUACAGCACCUGACCCACCACCGCUACCAAAGAAAAGAGUAGAAGACAUUUCGCCAUUCACUGUCACAGGAGUUGAUUUCACUGGGGCAUUGUAUGUAAGAAAGUACGACGGAAGCGAGUCGAAAGCUUAUGUUUGUCUUUUCACGUGUGCUUCUACUAGGGCUGUCCACCUUGAAUUAGUACAUGAUCUAUCAGAGGAAUCCUUCAUGGCGGCAUUCAGACGAUUCACCAGCCGGAAGUCACUCCCACGCAUCAUGAUUUCAGACAACGCCACGACGUUCAACUCUGCGGCACGCAAUAUAUAA